GUAUUUUAAGUCCAAAUAAAUAGAUUGAUACUAAAAUUGAUCAUGCUGAGAUAUAGAUCGAGAAUAGAUCUAGGGAGAUUGUAGGAUCCUAUCUUCCUUUAUUUCCUACUGCAAGCCGAACAGGAUUCGAGCCCGAGGCUCCAGCCUCCAGAUUCUCAGUUACAUACAUGUAUGAUCUGUUGAAAGAGAUGAGGACCUGAAGAACAGCCAUGGACUCUACUUGGAGGACCUAUUCCUACUCUACCAUCCUCAUUCUAGUCAUCCUCUGUCAUCUGGACCACGUCCUUGCUUCAGCCGGUGACCGGCAUAAGGUGCACAUGCACCUUCUUCGCUCGUGCCUCAAUCAGGACUGUAGCACCCCUCAACAGCUGGAGAGCUUCUACGAGAACCAACCCCUGGAGCUGUGGAUGCUUGGGUGGGACUGCACACACGAGUGUCGCUACCUGUCCAUGUGGAUGACGGUCGAUCAUUUGCUCCAGAAGGGUACCCCAGUUGCUGACAUUCCUCAGUUUUAUGGGAAGUGGCCCUUUAUCAGAGUAUUUGGAAUUCAGGAACCAGCAUCAGUCAUCUUCUCCAUUGGCAAUGGUUUAGCUCAAGUCUUCUAUAUUUACCAGCUGAGAAAGAGGGUGCCACAUACUGCACCGAUGUAUUAUGUUGGUCUAGCACAGGGUGGGAUUGCAAUAAAUGCCUGGAUUUGGUCAACUGUCUUUCACUCCAGAGAUUUACCCUGGACCGAGAAAAUGGACUACUUUUGUGCAUAUUCUAUUGUCAUGUGCAGCUUAAUAACAUCAUUAGUUAGAGUCUUUGCUGUCAGGGACAACAGUCUGAACAUGAAAGUGGCCCUAGGAAUCACGGCUGUUUCCUCUCUUUUCUACCUCAAACACAUCUGCCAUCUGGCUUUUGUUGACUUCAACUACGGUUACAAUAUGAAAGUCAAUAUUGCAACAGCCAUGUUCAAUUUUGCUGUAAUGGUGCUGUGGAGCGCCUGGCAUAUAAAAGAACAGCCCUAUCUCUGGAAGGCCAUUGCUUCCAUUGUUAGCAUCAACGUGUGUAUCUCACUGGAGGUGUUGGACUUUCCUCCCUUCUGGUGGACGUUCGAUGCACACUCUCUCUGGCAUGCGAGCACGAUUCCACUGGUUAUACUGUAUGCAAGCUACUUUGUAGACGAUUGUCUCUACGUACACAAUGCCAAAGGCAAGUUAGUGAAAGGCGCAUGAAGAUCCCUUGCUUCAUUCUCUCUUCAUUUUUGUUGUGGUUGAAACCAUACAUUUCAAACACCACUGUACAAAAGUCAACUGAUUUCACUCAAAAUCGGUACUUUUAGUGACAAUUGAUGACACCUAAAUAGCAGUAAAAUACAUUUUUUUCAACUAGCUGAUGUUAAAAAGAAAAAUUCAAAAAUUCAAAUUGUAAGUCUAGUGUUAAAUUUGACCAUCAGCCACAUCAGUUUUAUUGUGUGCAUUAGUAUGCAAUAGUGUGUGUGUGUGUAUUUGUGUGUUAUACCUGCCUCUCAGCAAGUAUGCAGUGCUAGAGGUCAAUGAUACACAUUAGCCUCGACUCUAUGCUUUGCUGGAGUAAUUGAAAACAUCUUCUACAAGAUCAACUCAAAAACAGAUAUCAGCAAUAUUCUGCUGCAGCAUGUGCCAUAUAUAUGUGAAAUGUUCAUGUUCAUGUUUUUUUAAAUCAUAUCAUAGAAGGUGCAAUAAUGUCAGUGUUUUUGUAUGUUUUUUAUGACUUAAAUAUUGUUGAUUACCAAAUUUUUCUCUUAAUAGUGCCAUGAUGCUGUGUGUUUUUAAUAAUGAUAAUCAGUAAUAUUUAUAUGGUGCUUAAUACCAAUGUUAAAUAUAUUACUCAUUGCGGAUAUAGUAUCAAAAAUAAUAUCGCUAACGAUAUUCGUUUGUCUUGCAAUGCAUGGUCGACAAGGGAUCAAAAGAUCACGACGUUUCGUGCGCCGCUGCAACACUUCGUCAGGUGAUAAAAUAAUAAUACUAAUGUUUCUAAGCACUGUAAUAGUAUUAUUUAUAAAUGUUUAAAGAUGUUGAAGGCUGAAGCUGGUACAAUCAUUUGAUUUUUGUUUUCAAUAGUAUUAGGAAAAUUUUGACUGCCCAUUCCCCAUGCGCUGUAUCUUUU